UAAACAAUGCCGCAGGUGAUCGGCUCUCUCCGUGAGUUAUUUAACCUGUGGCGGACGUGUUGAGGACAAACGCAGCCGAGAGUCUGAGUAAAAUGUCUAAAGCUGAGAUUCUCCGGGGAUUUGUUACUGAGAGACUCGCCGCCGCCUCCCAGGAAAUCUUAGCGGCCGUGGACAGAAUCGUAGCCGGGUACGAGGAGGAGGCUUCGGGCUUCAGGCAGGAGAUUGACCGGCAGAGGAGACAGCUGGAGGUUCUCCUGCAGCCUCAGGUCACACUCACCGAAGGCGGUGUAAAACGCAGCAGGAGCCUCGGCCACAUUGAGGACGACGAGUCCCGUAAAAACCUGGAAGAUCUGAAAAAUCAAACUCCGUCAAGAGGUCAGUCUGAGUCCAGCAGAUCUCAGAUCAGUGACACUCAGAACCACAUAGACCUCAGGAUCCGCAUCCUGGAGGAUCCACAGACUGAAAUACUGUCAAGAAACGUUCUUAAGAAAUGUCCGGUCCUGGAGCUGAAGUGUCCCCGAGGUCUGCAGGAGCCAGACUUCCUGGACCUGCUGAGAUCCACCUUCCCUCAGCUGGCUGGAGACAACAAACCUUUUGACAUGUUAACGUCCAACAAGAGACGGCGAUUACAGCGUCUGAAACUGAAGACGACGACAGCGGAGGAGAUCCACAGAAACGUCAGCGGCACAGGAUGGAAGACCUCGACUCUCUUUAUCAGACCAAAGGCACAGGAGGAAGCUCAGAGCAGUGAGGAAGAGAUUCGUCCUCCACAGACAAAAGACAACAGCACUGAAGACUCUGCGUCCACGGCUGCCGUGUUGACGUGUGAUGAAAACAGACCACAAACCAGCAGCUCAACGCCACAACAACAGGACGUGGAAACGCAGGAAGCUGAUGAUGAAGACGGUCGGAUAACAGCUGAGGACCGCGUGUCCCGCUCUGCAGCCGAGAGGAAAGGGGACGCCUGCGGGGAUGAUGAAAAGGAAGGAGGAAGAGAAGAAGCGAACGACAGCAGUGACGACUGGAAACCGGACAAGUGCGACGAGGAUCUGAGGGACAGUGACUCUGAACUGCCGUCCAAGACCACAAAGAAACUAAAGACCAGACGCUCUGGUGUCAGGGCCCCGGAGCCGCCGCCGCCUGACGACAGCGAUGCUGUCCUCUGCUGCAGAGUCUGCAAAGCUCUGCACAAAUCAGAGGUCACCUUUGUGAAACAUGCGUGGAGCCACGUGGACGAUCCAGCGAGCGUGUGCGGCGUGUGCGGAGAACGCCCGGACUCCGUGGACGGGUUGAAGGAGCAUCUUCGGAGUCACCACAGAACUGACGACUGUCACAUCUGCGGAGAGCUUUUCCUCAGCACGCUCAGCCUCGACGAGCAUGUGGCUGCCCACUCAGGGGAGAGGACACACAGAUGCCAUGUCUGCCAUGCUGCCUUUGCAUUAAAGGUGUCGCUGGAGAAUCAUCAGAAGCUGCACGAGGCAGCGAAGCUUCACAAAUGCUACACAUGCCACAAAGUGUUCGAGCUGAAGGAACAGCUGAGAGCUCACCGCAGGACUCACUCCAACAAAAAGACGCACCUCUGCGGCGUGUGCGGGAAAUCCCUCAGCGACUUCAGGUCCUUAUCCCGCCACAAGAUGACCCACUCUGGAGAAAGACCUCACAGCUGUCAGGUUUGUGGGAGGAGCUUCAAACUCCCCGGGACGCUGAGACAACACGAGAAGAUCCACACGGACAGAGAGAGGUCGUACCUGUGCGACGUUUGCUGCAAAAUGUUUCUGACGAGCAAGCAGCUGCAGAUUCACAUGAGGACGCACACCAACGAGAAGCCGUACCACUGCGGCGAAUGCGGCAAAGGGUUCACCACCAAGGGGCCGCUGACCAUCCACAUGCGCGUGCACACGGGAGAGACGCCGUACCGCUGCCCGGACUGUGGCUGGUCGUUCAAGCGCAAGAUCAAUCUGGACAACCACGUGACGGUCCACUCAGGCGCCAAACCGUUUGUCUGUGGGAUUUGUGGGAAAGCGUGCGCUCGCAAAACGUACCUGACCGUUCACAUGAGGACUCACAAUGGGGAGAGGCCGUACAAGUGUACGCUCUGUGACAAAGCCUUCACUCAGAGCCACUGUCUGAAGACGCACAUGAAGAGUCACCUGGUGGCAGACGCUGCGCCGCAGCAGUGACAGUGACAGUGUGAGUUUCUGUGUUUGCUUCUAUUUAAAUGAAUGUUUCUCUAAGUUAUUUAAAGGUGCCUGUGCAAUGAAAACACUGUUGUAAGUUCACCGCCUGAAUAAACUCUGACAGUCGCUGAGC